AUGGCCAGCUCCGAAACACGGGUUGUCUCCGUUCAACGCCUCAACCAGGGCCCCGGAUCCAGAUCACUGGCCGAAUGGUGGGCAGAUGAGCGCAAAAGCCAAACUCCCGAAUCGAAGGCUAUCGAAGAAGCCGCCAACCUCCUCCGCAUAAAUGAUAUCCCCGUCGCAUUCCCUACGGAAACGGUCUACGGCCUAGGCGCUGACGCUACGCGCAGCGCUGCAGUUCAAGGCAUCUACCGCGCGAAGCAACGACCUUCUGAUAACCCGUUGAUCAUCCAUGUCGAUUCUCUCGACAUGCUUGAUAGGCUUCUGAACCCAGCUCAGACCAGUCCAAGUGCAACCAAGACACCGCGCAUCUCCCUUCCCCAGAUCUAUACGCCUCUUGUUGAACGUUUCUGGCCUGGCCCACUGACUAUUAUCCUUCCCAACCCUUCUGGCUCCGAACUCGCUCCAGAAGUCACCUCCCACUUGACGACCUUUGGCGCUCGCAUGCCGUCCUCACCACUCGCGCGCCUGCUCAUUCAUGCUACUGAUCGUCCACUCGCCGCACCGUCUGCUAAUGCGUCUACAAAGCCCUCCCCUACUACAGCGCAACACGUUUACCAUGAUCUGCAGGGGCGCAUAGACCUAAUUCUUGACGGUGGAUCCUCCGGUGUUGGUGUUGAAAGUACCGUUGUGGAUGGACUAUGUGACCCACCCGCUAUCCUGCGGCCCGGUGGUCUUGGUAUUGACGAACUACGCACUGUUCCCGGCUGGGAGAACGUCACAGUAGCUUACAAGGACGGAACACUGGAUAUAAAGGAUAUUCCACGUGCACCGGGCAUGAAAUACCGACACUACUCACCAAAAGCACGGGUAGUCCUUUUUGAAUCAGGAUCCAGCCUCCAGGGCGUGACUCGUCACGUUAAAAAGGAUUUACAAGAUUCUGCUAUUGGCGCACAUAAUAUCGGCAUUGUCCGUACCCGCAACUGGAAGCAAGGAUUGGGACUUGCUCCAGAUGGUGUAGUGGCGAGCACUGCUAAGCCUGUCACUGCGCCCAUCGAUAACCUGGUUAGCUUCCCUGUCCCAGGACAGGCGAAUGGCAGUCAGAAUUGUCGGACUAAACUGGCUUAUGACUAUCAUCUUGGUUCGGAUACAAAUUCUAUUGCCCAUGGCCUAUUUGCGGUCCUGCGAGCCCUUGACGAGUUUGAUGUGGAUGUGAUUUACGUGGAGGGGAUAUCAGAUCGCGAUGGCGACCUAGCGGCUGCUGUGAUGAACCGGCUUCGCAAGGCCGCUGGGUCGGAGAUGAAAGUGUAG